UUCUUUCUGAGGGAUGUAUUGCAGGACAGUAGUGGCAAGGGCACCGUGAGGAUUCUGCGGCCGCUGAUGCCGCACGUGGAGAAGGGGGCGAAGAUAGUGCUGCGUGAUAUGAUUCUGCCUUCGACCGGCGACCCUGCGCACUCUUUGGAUGAGUUCGUGAUUUUCAUGAAUUUGCUGAUGUGGAUUAUCUUUGACGCGAAGCAACGG